GCUGUAUCAAUGGAGUCUCUGCUGUCAGUGUCAACCAACAGCUUCACUCUGGACCUUUACAAAACACUGAACGAAACUUCCAAAGGCCAAAACAUUUUCUUUUCUCCCUGGAGUAUUGCAACUGCUCUUGCCAUGGUCUACCUGGGGGCAAAAGGUGACACUGCAACCCAGAUGGCUGAGGUUCUUCAUUUUAACCAGACUGCAGGAGAAGAAGGUUCGUCUGAGACAAUGAGGCCUUCUCUGGGGAGACCAAAGAAAAAAAAGAUGGAUCCUGAGCACGAGAGAGCUGAAAACAUUCACUCUGGCUUCAAAGAACUCCUGUUUACCAUCAACAAACCCAGAAGCACCUACUUGCUGAAAAGUGCCAACCGACUGUAUGAGGAAAAGACCUACCCAUUACUGCCUACAUUCUUACAGCUCAUUACAAGCUAUUACAAUGCAAAGCCUCAAGCUGUAAACUUUAAGACAGCUGCGGAACAAGCCAGAGAACAGAUUAACUCAUGGGUUGAAAAUGAAACUGAGAGGAAAAUCCAGAAUCUGCUGCCUGCAGGAUCUCUCAAUUCUCACACUGUAUUGGUCUUAGUAAAUGCCAUUUAUUUCAAAGGAAACUGGGAAAAGAAAUUUCUGGAGAAAAAUACUUCUGAGAUGCCCUUCAGACCGAGCAAGACCAAGACGAAACUGGUACAGAUGAUGUUUCUGAGAGAUACAUUUUUGAUACUCCAUGAAACAACAAUGAAAUUCAAAAUCAUUGAGCUGCCGUAUGUGGAAAAUGAACUCAGCAUGUUCGUUCUCCUACCAGAUGACAUCAGGGAUAACAGUACUGGUCUGGAACUGGUGGAAAGACAGCUGACCUAUGAGAAACUGGCUGAAUGGACCACAUCAGCCAACAUGAUGAAUGCUGAAGUGGAUCUCUACCUGCCCAAGUUGAAGCUGGAAGAGAAUUACAACCUUAAAUCCGCUUUGAGCAGCAUGGGGAUACGAAGUGCUUUUGACCCAGUUCAGGCUGAUUUCACAGGGAUGUCAGUGAAGAAGGAUCUUUUCAUCUCACAAAUUAUUCACAAAGCUUUUGUGGAGGUUAAUGAAGAAGGUACCGAGGCAGCAGCUGCCACAGGUGUCCUGGUGCUAAGAUCAAAAGCACCAACAAUAACUUUUAAAGCUGACCACCCAUUUCUCUUCUUCAUCAGACACAACAAAUCACAAACCAUCCUCUUCUUCGGCAGACUCUGCUCACCCUAGUCACAGUUACUCCUUGCCCUGCAAAGCAGGAGGUAUUCACUUGCCAGCUCAGGGGCAAAUACCAAGACCUGGUGCCAGGUGCAUGGGGGAUCUCUCUGCCUAGCAUACACACCUAUUGGAGUUCAUUUUUGAUAUUUAUACAUGAC